CUACUUGAGGCCCGCACCCAGAAUCAUGACUACAGAAAAUAUCCAGGAACAUAUCACCAACCAGAAUCUCAAGUUUCACCUGCCUAAGGAUCUGAAGGAAAAAAAGGAAAAUAUUCUACUCAACCCAGAGAGUCCUACUGGGGUCUUAACAAAGACGAGUCACUCACAAGAAGGGAAUCAAGCUUUGAGUAAGACCACAGGGUUCCUAACAAAUAAGAGAGUUGAAAAACAUCAAGGAACUAAGACUCUUUUCAAGGAGUUUAGCAAAAUGAAUUGGCCAAUAGACAUUCACCCUUUAAACAAAACUUUAGUCAAUGACAAUAAAUGGAAGAAAACUGAUGAGACGCAAGAGAAACGCAGGUCGUUCCUUCAGGAGUUUUGCAGGAAAUUCGGUGGAGUGAGUCAUCCUCAAUCACAUCUUUUUCAUAUGGUAUCCAGAAUCUAUGUAGAAGAUAAACACAAAAUCUUAUACUGUGAGGUGCCAAAAGCUGGCUGUUCCAACUGGAAAAGAGUUCUGAUGGUACUCAAUGGAUUGGCUCCCUCUGCAUACAACAUCUCCCAUGAUGCUGUCCACUAUGGCAAGCAUUUGAAGAAACUAGAUAGCUUUGACAUAAGAGGGAUACAUACCCGUCUAAAUACCUACACCAAAGCUGUAUUUGUUCGUGAUCCCAUGGAAAGAUUAGUGUCAGCGUUUAGGGACAAAUUUGAGCACCCCAAUAGUUAUUACCAUCCAGUAUUCGGAAAGGCAAUUAUAAAGAAAUACCGACCAAAUGUCUGUGAAGAAGCAUUAAUUAAUGGAUCUGGAGUCAGAUUCAAAGAGUUUGUCCACUAUUUGCUGGAUUCUCACCGUCCAGUAGGAAUGGACAUUCACUGGGAAAAGGUCAGCAAACUCUGCUAUCCGUGUUUGAUCAACUAUGAUUUUGUAGGGAAAUUCGAAACUUUGGAAGAAGAUGCCAAUUACUUUUUACAGUUGAUUGGUGCCCCAAAGGAACUGAAAUUUCCCAACUUUAAGGAUAGACACUCUUCCGAUGAAAGAACCAAUGCUCAGGUUGUGAGACAGUAUUUAAAGGAUCUGACAAGAACUGAGAGACAAUUAAUCUAUGACUUUUAUUACUUAGACUAUUUGAUGUUUAAUUAUACAACUCCAUUUUUGUAGUUUGCAUUCAUUUUCUAAAAUGAAUUAUAAAAUUUACUGUAAGUACUUAAUGAGGAUGAGCUCAAAUCAGCUACUGUAAUUUUCCUAUAAUUCUCUAUAUGAGAGAAAUUUAAUAAGUGCAGUUGUCUUGAUUUAAUGAAGAUUUUUCCCAAAUAGUAUGACACCAAUGGUCACAAAGUUAUAGGAAAGUCACCUAAAGAAGAUAUGCAAACAACUUGAGUUGCUCUUCAGUGUUUGGAAAAGAGCUGCUUUUGCAUUAUGGGUUAUAGUGUGGAAGCAAUAACCUAGCCAGCUGUUACAUUAGCUAAAACAGCCUCUUGAAAAAAGUCAGAAAGAGAUCUAAAAUAGCAUGAGUGUGUGUCUAUAUCCGGGAAUUUACUGUCUCAAAUGCAUGAAUAUAUUUUUUAACAGUCUGUGGCACAUUAAUCAAACCAUUGGAUAGUUUUCUUACACCCUGGAAAUCUUUCUAUCAACUGUAAUUAUAAAUCCAUUUCAAAAUGAUAUUUUGCAUUUGGGCAUUUUACUUUAGAUUGGAAGGCAUUAUGUGAUUUACAGUAUAAGAAUAUAGCAGAAAAAACCAGAUGAGACUAUGGCUUUUUAAAUUCUACAACCAAUAAAAAAUGCACAACAUUCUAAAAUCAAAGCAA